CGUAUAAUAAAAAUAAUCUGAUCCCGUGUCCAGUUUCAAAGAGUGAAAGUUUUUAGUGUGGGAACCUUUUUGCAUGCUGGAGGAACGCAAUUGUCCUCCUGAAAUGUUCUUAACAGAACGAUAAUAAUAACAAUAACAGCGACUCCUUGGUAUUCCGUUCUUAUCCGGGGUCGAAAGUGAAGACGUAAAAUACUUUACAUCAAAACAAAACAAGAAUCUCAAAUUGUUUGUGUUUGCAUCGACAAUAUUUGAUUUUAGCAAAUACAUCCUGUUUAGAAAAAUAACACAGGGCAGGACUGAAGGCAAAACCAAAACCUAGAUAAACAAAUUAACCUGAUAUCGAAUUUCUAGUUUAAUACUCCGGUGCUCAUUUUAGCUUUAUAUCAACUAUUCCAAAGUACAAAGUUUAAGUCGUCAUUAUCUUCGAUACAUUUAGUUAGUCGCGAAUUUGUAUAAUUAAGCAAAUUCUCAUUAUUCUAAUUUCGGGCCUCAAAUCGCCACAACUCAGCCCCACCCAUGGCGGAUCCACAGCCACUGCGGAAGGAGAGUGUCCCCCAGCCCGUUGAACGGCAAAGAAGCGUUUCUGGCGGGGGUGCGAUUAACGUCGGUUCGUUGGAUCUGUUUUGUUCUAGCCCGAUCGUGAUGGGGAUGACGCCGACGAGCGGGGGACCAAGUCCCGUACCACCCGCGGUGAUGAAUCAACAGCCCAUCGUCAAAAUUGGACAUUACGUCCUCGGCCAGACCUUGGGGACCGGGACGUUUGGGAAAGUUAAAAUCGGUGAACACCAAUUGACUGGACAUAAAGUUGCUGUUAAAAUUCUGAACAGGAAUAAAUUGAAGAGUUUGGACGUCGUUAGUAAAAUUCGGAGAGAAAUUCAAAAUUUAAAACUCUUCCGGCAUCCGCACAUCAUCAAAUUAUAUCAAGUAAUUAGUACGCCAUCGGACAUAUUCAUGAUUAUGGAGUACGUUUCGGGAGGGGAGUUGUUCGAAUAUAUCGUGAAACAGGGCAAGUUAAAGGAACACGAAGCACGUAGAUUUUUUCAGCAAAUAAUCUCUGGUGUUGAUUACUGCCAUCGUCACAUGAUUGUCCAUCGGGACCUGAAACCUGAGAAUUUGCUAGUUGAUCGAAAUCUGCAUGUGAAGAUUGCUGAUUUUGGCCUUUCGAACAUGAUGACGGAUGGAGACUUCCUCCGGACAAGCUGUGGCUCUCCCAACUAUGCGGCACCUGAAGUAAUUUCUGGCAAGUUGUAUGCCGGCCCGGAAGUGGAUAUCUGGUCAUGUGGAGUCAUUCUGUACGCCUUACUGUGUGGCACGCUCCCCUUUGACGAUGAACAUGUUCCAACGUUAUUCCGCAAGAUUAAAUCCGGAGUUUUCCCACUGCCCGAGUACUUGAACAAAUCUGUGGUGGCUUUGUUGUGCCAUAUGUUGCAGGUGGAUCCCAUGAAGAGGGCGACGAUAGAAGAUAUCAAGAAGCAUGACUGGUUUCAGAAAGACUUGCCCGUGUAUCUCUUCCCAUCUCCAGUGGAUCAAGACACAUCAGUAAUCGAUCCCGACGCUGUGCAUGAAGUUUGCGAGAAAUUUGGCGUCAGCGAGAACGAAGUCCACAACGCUUUAAUGAGCGGUGAUCCACACGACCAGCUCUCCAUCGCCUAUCAUUUAAUCAUCGACAAUCGCAGAAUUGCUGACGAGGCGGCUAAAGCUGAAAUAAAGGAUUUCUAUGUAGCCAGCUCCCCACCACCGACGGCCUUUCCGUCAGACGGCAUCCAUAGCCCGAUAAGGCCGCAUCCAGAACGUAUAGCGCCCCUUCGUGAACGUGUCAUCACCUCAGUGCCAGUCGGAAACAAUGCAGAUCGACAUAAAAACAGUGGGGUCAAGAGGGCAAAGUGGCAUCUCGGAAUUAGAUCGCAAAGUAAACCACACGACAUCAUGAACGAGGUGUACAGGGCGAUGAAGACCUUGGAUUUUGAAUGGAAAAUCGUGAAUCCUUACCACGUCCGUGUACGACGCAAGAGCGCCAAUAAUACCAAGCAUGCUAAAAUGUCCCUUCAAUUGUACCAAGUCGACUACAAAAGCUAUCUGCUGGACUUUAAGAGUCUCUCUUGCGAAGAGCAAGACAAAGAGAACAUGCAUUCCAGUAUGGAAAUGUUAUCGACCACUGCCGCAGGACUGAGUCACCACACGAUGGAAUUCUUCGAAAUGUGUGCCGCCCUCAUUACACAACUCGCCCGCUGAGCCAUUCACACUUAUCAAUUUUUGUAACAAUACAAUGCGGCAUUUUUCUUGAGUGACUUAAGACUAUCAGUAAUGUUAAUAAAUUCAAGUCAUUUAAACCCAA